AUAUGUCAUUGGCACAUGAUGAGAAAUACCCUGAAAAAUGCCAGAAUAGCACAAAAGCCCAUUUAGCAGAGUUCAUUAAUGAAAGUUCCAGUUUCCUCCUCAUCGAGCUGCAUUGUGUGUGUAUGUAUCUGUAUGUGUGUGUGCUGUUUGUUCUGGACUCACUUACGGUGUGCACUGGUAGGCAGGCAGCAGUACACGGCAACGCUGAGCUGCCUGUGAGGUAAAAAGAGAAGCGACAGACGGUGAAAGUGGAAGGACGGCUUCCUAACAGUGAAAAGCACCGAGUAAGCAGUCCCCAUACAGACGGUCAACACAGGGAGAGAGAGGCCCCGGGUGUAGCUCGAAGGCAGGAGCGGUUCAGCAGACACAGCCAUGGCUAACAUCGCGGCCCAAAGAAUCAAGCGGGAGUUCAAAGAAGUUGUCAAAAGCGAAGAGGUGCGGUAACGUUACUGCUUAUUCUGUAUCUCUGUAGGUUGUUUUUUCUGUGUAAAUUCCUUUAAAAUCUCUACAGUCUGUUGCCACUACGACAGAGACAAAAAAUACCUUCGCUAACGUCAGGUCUCACAGUCUGGUGUUGCAGUAGGUCAGGCCUAAAGAGAACAACUUCAGCUAGCCUGAGAUCACUGACUGCCCGAACCUGUGCUAUUAUGUCAGGUGGGAGUGUUCAGGAAACACGGGGGCUUUGUCAACUAACAGGCCCCUUGUGUUUCACAAACAAUACCGCAUAUCUUUGGGUAGUUAUCACGCUAAAAUUAACUUAACUUGUGCGACACAGGCCUUUUGUUUUUAUACUGUGUUAACCAUCAGACUUUGUAGCUGACGUUUCGUGUAUGCUAACAGAAACGUUAGUUUGACAUCUCACUUUCGGCUAGCGUUAGCCUGUUUUGUUAUGCUAGAACGUACUCUAACUGGAUCACAUUUACUGAACCUUAUUCAACAUAACAUGAGAACAAUGUGGGUCUUUUAAAGGGUGUAUUUUGUCAUCGGGCUAUCCGUUAAGUCCUAGUAUUAUGGGCUUUGCUCUUUUUGUUAGCUAUCCAUGUUGCCAUCAUUAUAAAAUAUCAUAACCUCUCUGUAAGUGUCUGACACUACAUACGAUUUAAGUCCCCGGCAUUUUAAAGGCAACGUUUUUACAUGGAUGUACAUUAGUAUAUAGGGCUGGGCGAUAUGGGAAAAAGUUUCUCAUGAUAUAUUUUUUUCAUGUCAGUCGAUAUCUAUAUAGAUAACGAUAUAAUAAAUGAUAUAAAAGCAUGUCUUUAGCAAUUGACCGGUUUCAGAAAGCAGGACAUUUCUUAUUAGUUUACUACCGGAGUGAACGGAGAAAUAAAAUGACAAGGAGCUGUUGCGCUGUAAACUGCACGAAUCGGCAAACAAAAAAAUCGGUAAACAUUACGACCUGAUAAUAGUAACAUCUAAAACAACGUCACAACCUGGUAAAUUAGGUGUAAAUCAUGGAUAUUUCAGCAAGUGUUUUUCUGAUUUUUCAAUGAAGUGACAUUUUAUUCCAAUUGUGUCAGGGAAAACUCGCAAACAAUACGGCAUCUUCAUUGAUAUCAGUCCACUCCGAAGCAGGCUUUUGCCCCAUGGUUGCGCGCCAGUGUUGUUUUCGUUGACGCCCCUUUUUUUCCACGACAAAGACGUGACGUUUGCGAGCUAAACUUAAGUCUUAGAUGACUAAAAUGUGACGAAACAAAUGUGCGUUUACGUUUACGUUGACGAGACGAGACUAGACGAAAACGUUAGCGGUGGAAGACGAAUAGAGUUGCAAAAUUCAGGAGCAUUUCGUUAGUCAAACGCUUAACAUACAUUCUGCAGUGUUGUUUUUAUUGACGAUUAUGUAGAUGAAAUAUUUUCAUCAACGAAAACAACACUGUUGCACGCACAAUAAGCCACUGCGUCUGUUAGGACUUUGUGUCUCCUUGAUGUUAUGUCGUAAAGCGUUUUGCUAGAGAAAGUGGACUGAAUGGUUGGCUGUUUCGGCUGCACAGGCGCCACGGGUUUCUUGCGCCGCUCUGGGUUUGUAGUGCUGUCGGCUUCACGUGUUAAAGUGCUAUGGUUGCACGCAGCUGCAACCUGCUACUAUGCAGUUGUUCGCUACUUGGUUCUUAUUCAGCACAUGAUUGGUUCAGUGCGACUCCCCUUUCCAUCGGCUAGUUGUAUAGUCUACCAACACAUGACAGAAUGCAGGUUAUCGAAAAGCAUAUUGAUUUUAAGGGAAAUUUCGAUAUCAUUAUCGUUUUAUUGCCCAGCCCUUUUAGUAUGUCAUGAAUAUGUGUUUUAAUUCUUGAAUGGACAUUGCUAGACACAGGUUGAUGUCAAAGUAACCGUUCAUGUUGUUUCUCACAUUUCUCUUGAUACACAGACAAGUAAAAACCAGAUAAAAGUAGAUAUGGUGGAUGAGAACUUCACAGAGCUGAGGGGGGAGAUAGCAGGUCCUCCAGAUACACCGUAUGAAGGUACUGUCACAUUCCUGUAAUGAAACUUCCUGGUGAUAUAUGUGCUUUAAAAAAGCAAGGGGUUGUCACGCCUAAUUCUUGUCUUUUCUUCUUCUUGAUUCAAGGUGGGAAAUAUCAGCUUGAAAUAAAAAUUCCAGAAACCUAUCCUUUUAACCCACCAAAGGUAUGUGCUUCAGACACUAUACAACACUUGGUGCUUUUGUAUGGCUUUUGUAUGACUGGUCGUGGAUACAGCCCAAAGAAAUUGAGUUUUUGAGAACAAUACAGACAACAAACUAAAGCGAAUAGUUGACUUAUUAUUAGCAUAGUAGUAGCAUCACUAGUAUGGCUUUGCAGAUGUUGCCAUCCUUAGAAUUAUAACUUUGACAUGAUUUGCACGUAGGAGGGAAUGCAUUCUUAUUUUAAAAAACGGGUCUGACUGAAGUUGAGAUACUCUGAUCUAAUGCCAGAAGCUUAUUUUAAAAACACAAUUUAUUUUAGCUUGUUUUGACAAUUUUCUGCCUUACCCUUGGUCCCUCAACUCCAGUUAUUUGGUAGAUUUAAAGAUAUUAUGACUAUCUGUGUAUUCACAUCAAGGUCUGUUACUGACAAUUCAAAGAGUCAAUUGUAGUUUUGCCUCUGUCUUUGAUAACAGAGUGCAGAUGGAAAAAAGGUCAAUUCAACAGAGUUCAGGCAGCCAGAAAAUAACCAUCUAAACCAAACCGGUUAUGUAACUCGGUACAGAAUUUACUGAGAACUACAGAGUUGUUGGGGAAUCAUAGUCACUCCUACGCACUCACAGAUCAGAAACCAGAGUACGGUGUAAGUGUAUGGGGAAUCCUCGUGUCAUAGACUCAUCUAUUCCUAUAAUUAUGAUGGUAACAUGAUGAAGUUUAUAAAAAAGCUGCAGAGGAACAGAUCCUUCCUUCUUUUUAGUCAUCUAAUGACCUGACAAAUCCCAUUCUUCCUUCUUCACAGUUAAACUAUGAUAAAAACUAUGAUGAUAAAAACAAGUGGUCGGUCCUUAUUGGUUUGUCAGUGAUGGAUGCUGAUGAUUAGGGAGCAGUUUGACAAAUGGCUGAUUUAUGAUGUUGAUACCACAUCAUUGGAUUUUGUGCAGUUAUAAAAUAUGACAAUUUAAUCACAGCAAAUGCGAAACAAGUCAUGUCUAAACCAAUUAUUCCAUUUACUGAACAGUCUAGUAUACAUGGAUUUUUGUGGCCAAUAAUUUGUUUUAGAUGGAUUUUUGCUCAAUUUUUAGAAUAGAAAACAAAUAUGCCAGAGGUUCCAGAGCAUGACUUAAAAAAGCACUGUUCUGGACUUCACUACAUUCUAUGAACAUCAGACUGUAGCUGGUAUGCUGUCAUUUAUGAUAGUAAACAUAUCAUUUAGAAAAGGUGAUUAUGAAAUUUUGAGGACACUUCAUGGCAGAUUGCACAAACGUUAAAGUAAAAGCACAGGGUUGUGUAAGUAUGUCUGCCACCUUCCCCAAACUGUCCGUUAGCCUUUUUGAAUGUUUUUAAAGAUUAUUGAGAUAAACCAAAGAGCCAAUCUAAGUGAACAAACUUAAUACCAUUGCAGUUUGCUUAUAUACCAUCUAUCAUGUGACCAGAGGUAACAAUAACAUGGGUUCCCGUGGUGUUCGCAGACACUUUUUGGGGAUUUUAAUUGGCCUCUCAAGUGCAGAUGUUGGCAGAUGCUGAAUUAUUUUGAAAUGUCGUUAAUAAAUCCAAUCAAUUCAUCUAUCUCUGUUAAAAACAAACAUGAAGAAGUCUAGUCUAUAGUUUUGUGAUCAUAGUCAGACGUAUUUAGUGACAGCUUCCACUGCUGAACUAACUCUACCUCAGUGUGAACGUCAAAGUGUAAUACUUGCCUUCUCCUACUCUGUUACCAUACCCCUGUUCAUCUUCAACACCUCUCUCUCUCUCUCUCUCUCUCUCUCUCUCUCUCUCUCUCUCUCUCUCUCUCUCUCUUAGGUGCGUUUCAUCACUAAGAUCUGGCACCCUAAUAUCAGUUCUGUAACAGGAGCAAUAUGUCUGGACAUUUUAAAAGAUCAGUGGUGAGUGAAAUGUAUAUCUGAACCUUAUGAGGUCCUGUAUUCAAAAGCUUUCACACUCUGCGUCAGACUCGAGUCAAACCAUAUUUGUAAAUCUUGCUCUCACAGGGCAGCUGCCAUGACCCUGCGGACGGUGCUGUUGUCUCUACAGGCUCUUCUUGCUGCAGCAGAACCAGAUGAUCCACAGGAUGCUGUUGUAGCAAACCAGGUUUGUUGUACUCUCAUGUUUAACUUCUUAGGAUUUUUUGGUCUUGUGUGAAAAGUCACACAAUCUUUCUCAAAAUCCACUGUUUCUGAUGUCUUUCCCAUUUAACCCUUUUUACUGUGUUUUCUCUGCAUCUUAAGUAUAAGCAGAACCCAGAAAUGUUCAAACAGACUGCCAGGCUGUGGUCUCACGUCUAUGCAGGCGCUCCUGUAUCCAGUCCUGAUUACACACGCAAAAUAGACAAACUUUGUGCCAUGGGCUUUGAUAAGGUCAGGACCACUUUCUUCUUGUUAUACUGUCAGUGUGUUACAUUAUCAUUAUUAUUAUUGUUGUUAUUGUUUAUUCAGGGGGGUGUGAUUUAUCUAGCUCACUAUGAUACAAUCACUCAAGCGUCAGAUAAUUGAUGGGCAAUAGUUUAAAAAUCAGUGAAUUUUUUUGUCACUGUGAUAAAAAUGACACUUGAAGAUUUACUGUUUCCGAGCUCUUGAACAUUGAUAUUCUCAGUUUUUUUAAAUUAUCUUUGAUUGGAAAUGGAAUAUCUUUUGGUUUUAGGUGGUUUAUCCUGUAGAAAUAACUCAUUUAGGGACACUAGUACAUUUUGUAUUAUGUUUAUUAUUGUUUAUUAAAGCAGUACUUUAAUCUACACUGAAAACAUAGUCAUAGGUGUUGUUAGUAGAACUUGUUUUAACAUUUACAGUUACAGUUGAUCUUAUCUUGACUUUGUAAAGUAGGACUUGUAUUCCAGCCAUUUCUAACUUGAUUUCCCUGCUUGCUUACAGAAUGCAGUAAUAGCAGCCUUGUCUUCAAAAUCCUGGGAUGUAGAAACAGCGACAGAGCUGCUUCUCAGCAACUGAAACCCUGCCAGGUGUGAGGAUCCUCCAUCAUAGCUCCCCACGGCACCAUCCCACCAUUGCCUUUGUUAAACAGACAGCCCCCUUCUUUUCCCAAUUCACUACAGCAGUCUGAGCCUGCUUUUAAAACAAGUUUGUUUGCUACAGACUCAACACGGGUAGCCCUACAAUCUUCCAUACGCAGCACACCACCCUGUUGCCUGUCUGACUCCAUCUGUCCAUUAUAAGUCUGUUUCUUCCACUAACUCAACCUGUAUAAAAAGCCACCACAGUCUUUCAGCCAUGCAUCUUGCCUUCCAUUUCCUUCAAUCAUGUUUGCUCUGCAGCUUUCUCUCCUUAUCUCCAAUUUCUGUUCAUUGUCGCAGAGAAUCAAAUAACUGCCAUCGUCUGUAGGAUUUUCCAGGGUAAUAAUGUUGAGGAUAUUCUGAACACUGCUGUCAUACCAAACUGCAAUCUCCUCCCCACCUGACCCAGUUGGAUUCUAUAUGGACAUGAAACGCUAUUAAGAUCCCGCUGGAAUUAAUCGAAGCGACUGGAGUGGGUGUGAUGGGUAACUCUUGAUCAGCAAAUUGUAGAUGUUUGAAUCAACGCAGAGCUUUCAAUAAACAGGUUUGUUUUCCAUUUGUAGAAUCAGUGGACGUCACACAUCGAAAAAAGUCAGCAAGAAGAGAAAAGUUAUCUGUAAAUAGUGGAAUGUACAUUUGAAGAUACAUGGGGAUAUACUUUUUUCUUACAUUGCAUUGUAAAACAAAGUUAUUUUAAAUAUAAACUAUGUCUAGUUUACAGUUAUAAUGUAGAAAUAUCUCUUAAUGCUUUUGUGAGCCCCGGAGAAAUCCCUCUAAAUAUCCUGCUCUGGGUUUUUUCUUUCUUGGAGACAGUUGUUAAGGGGGCUCAGCCAAAAUCCUGUUGCUAACAGUGGGGGAGGUGACGGUCAGCUCAAGCCUGAGACGGUCAUUACACUUCACCUUUUCUGCAAUCCCACAAUCCAACCUUUUCUUGUGUCUUAUUAUCGUCCUUGCAUGUUCUAUGCUGCCUUUCUUUUGUUUGGCCAAACGACGUGGUGAUGGGGCAUCUGUUAGAUUUAACGUCUUCUCUGAGUCGUGGAGCUUUUGCAAAGACUCUUUCUGAACCUGUGGGAAGAUGCACCUGGAUCCUCUGCUUGGCAAGCCACUUUUUCUUUAAAGCACACCCAGUUUGGCUUCAUAUUUGUGGGGAACCAAAGCCUUUUUCUGUCAUUUUCUCAAAUAUGUUGCUGGAAAAUGUUCUUCUCUACUUUGAGCAGGGGAUAACUAAACCUCCAGGAGGAAAGGAGAGAUUUUGAAUGCCAUUGAUUUUGUGAUGCUGUGGUUGUUUUUAAACUUGUUCUCAGAACAAUCGUUUUCAUCCAUGCGCACGAUGUUUCAGCCACGGAUUACGGAUCUGCUGUCCCUCUCGGUCCUGAUGUUUAUCAUUAAAAGGGGCUUCAUCUUGAAUAACUGAUCCAGUCCAGCAGUUCUCAAUCAAAACUUUGGCCAUAAAGAGGUGUAUAGGUAAUGUCCUAUAUGUCUGAUCAUGCUUUACUACACAGCCAAAUAAAAUGCUCAUUGAGGUUGUCUAUGAAUGAUGUCUUCUGAGUGAAAAGAGGCUGGAACUCCUCUGUUGUGUUAUGAGGCAGACGGCAUCUCUGCACAAUGUCUUCACGUGUUUUGGUUUGAGGAUGAUGGACUGUAAAGGAGUGUUCUGCGCGAUUGGAAGUGGGGUCUUCAAUCCUCACACAUGGCCUUUUUUUUAAGACAUCGUCUUUCCGCUCGGUCUCAUAUGACAGUACAACACAGAUAUCAUGCACCUCCAUUGAUGGUGAACCAUGUCCAGCCAAGGCCCCCUCCCCCUCCAAACACUCAUAGUAAGGGGUCCACAUCAUCUUGUAAAUACUUGGGUCCUGGUUAAGGAACUGUGUCAUUAUCACUAGAGUGCACCAUCGAUAGCUGGAUCUAUAUUUUGUAAUAAAAAGAAAGGACAAAAAAAGGAAGAGAAGCCCCCUCCUCCCUGUCUUCCUGGUGUUGUAUGUACAAUAUUGCACGAUGAAGAAGCAUAAAAACAAGGGGCUGUUGCAUCUCGGUUUCUCCAUUUGGAUUGAGACUUUUUUUCCUCUUUUGUUUCCUUGGAAGCAAGCAUCAGCAGUAUAAAAAAGCAUGGUUAUUUAUUGUGACAGUGUCAUGUUUCUUUGAUUAAAAAAAGUUGAAAAUAAA